GAGAGUGAUGCGCUCGCACCACCUCCACCACCAUCGCCACCCCCACCACCCGUCCCUCCGCCACGCCGACGACCUGCCCGCUAGACUUCCGCCAAGCCGACCAGAAGACCAUCACAUCGAGCUGGAACCAGGCGCCCAACCGAUGGUACAGCGACAAUUCCAGCUCAGCCAACCAGAACUGGAAGAAGUACAGCAGCAGCUGGAUUACCUUCUGACAAAGGGAUUUAUCCGGCCCAGCACGUCCCCAUACGCCGCCCCGAUACUGUUCACACCAAAAAGGGAUGGAGGAUUCCGCAGGUGCAGAGAGUACCGCGCGCUCAACAGGAUUACAAUCAAGUCGCGUUACCCGAUCCCGCGAGUCGACGAACUACUCGACCAACUUUGUGGAGCCAAGUUCUUCUCGAAAAACGACUUGCGAGGGGGUUACCAUGAAAUUCGCGUCGCCGCCGAAGACUGUCACAAAACCGCCUUUCGCACCCGCUACGAUAGCUACAAAUACUUGGUGAUGCCUUUUGGCCUCCCGAACGUGCCCUCGACCUUCCAAAAGACCAUGAACGGCAUUUUCAGGGAACUCUUUGAUAAAUGCGUUAUCAUCUACCUCGACGAUAUACUAAUCUACAACCGCAGCAGGGGGCAGCACUUACAGGAUCUUGAUGCAUGUUGUGUGAUGUCAUCAUAUGCUAUCACAUUCUGUCUGCCUCCCAUCCCAUGUUUUUUCAACUUGCAUAUUCUUGAACUUUGAUUGAACUCUUGAGAUUGAGUUAAGUUCUCCUCCUACAGCUUACCCCCUAGUGCGUCGAAAGCCAUAGCGUCGCGAAUACUUCAUCAAUCAACGUGAUUCAAAUUGGGAACGGUAGCUGAGAUCAAGAGCUACAACAUAUCCAAGUUUCGCGACAUUCCAACGGCUAGUGUUUUGUCGACGUCGUUUCUUGUGAAGACGACUUUUCUGUCCAGAAUUUCGGAUUUAUAUUUUGAGUAAUUCUAGCUCCUAAGUUCACCUAGACUCUGUCCUUAAUCCUAACAAGUGGCAUCAGAGCGAUAUUAAGGACAUUGAGAGGAGUCUACAGAAGUGUGAAGACCCUUCUAGACCCACCAUGGCCUGUGGGUGUGCCUAAGUGGUGUUCUAAAGGUUGGAUGUGUCUUCCGCUAAGGGGAAACUCUGCCGAAAUUUCGUGGACGCCGACACUUGUGAAA